AUGCUGAUGACGAUGCUGCCAAUAUGGUCGAAACUGUGUGGACCCAGUUCUACGUCAUUUACUGACUUGCUAGCAAUCGACGGAGUCAGGGAGUCUUUGGGACUCUCCUUCAAAAAUGCGAAGGAGCUGAAUGCAAUCAUUGACUAUGAGUUGCCAACCAGAUGCCCGAAAUUCAGGCAUGAACAGGUUAUCAUUGCUGGCGAGGCUUUUGAUGUGUACUACCGUGAUGUUAUCGAGUGCAUUAAGGCACUCUACGGUGAUCCCAAUUUUGCGGAUUAUCUCGCAUUCACUCCAGAGUGGCAUUAUGCCGACGAAGAUCAGACCACACACUUGUUCCAUGACAUGCAUAGGUGGUGGGACACUCAGGCUGCCUACCCAGUUUACCUGACAAUCGGAAACAUACUGAAGGAGAUCCGUCGUAAACCUUCACGCAGCACACACAUCCUCCUUGGGUAUCUGCCCACCACCUAUCUCGAACACAUAUCCAAUAAAGCCUCUCGCCAUCAUACUAUCUCCAACUUGUAUCACGCGUGCAUGUCUUGCAUACUGGGCCCACUCAAAAGUGCGGGAUUGGAUGGUGUCAAGAUGUGCAGUGGUGAUGGCGCUCUUCACCGCUGUCACCCUUUGUUUGCCUCCUUUGUCGGGGAUUAUCCAGAGCAGCUCCUAGCUACGGGCGUGAAGUUUAUGGAGUGCCCUAAGUGCAAUGUUGACGCUGGUGACACCGGGAGCAACACAGUAGCCUUUCACCUGCACAAUCUGGGCUCAGUGCUAGAUGCACUUGCUGCUCUUGAUCAUGGAAGUCUUGCAUUUGUCUGUGUGUGCGCUGCUGUAGGCAUCAAGCCCAUUGUUUACUCAUUCUGGGAGGAUCUCCCCUUUGCAAACAUCUUUCGUGCUAUCACCCCUGAUGUACUACAUCAGCUGUACCAGGGCCUAGUAAAACAUCUUGUCCAGUGGCUCUCAGAAGCGUGUGGAGCGGCUGAAAUCGACGCUCGAUGUUGCUGUCUCCCUACGAACCACAACAUACAAUUAUUUACAAAAGGGACUACUGGAUUUUUGUACCUCGCACAAUAUCCCUGCCACAGCUCCGAAACUCUAGAACUAUUGCAGGUGGCACUAGACACUUUCCACAACAACAAGGGUAUUUUCAUCGACCUUGGUAUAUGGAAGAAUUUCAACUUACCGAAGCUCCACGCUGCUCGCCAUUACCCCCAUAUGAUCAUGCUGUUCGGUACAACAGAUAACUACAAUACUGAAUACACCAAACACCUCCACAUUGACAUCGCGAAGGACACUUACCGUGCGACAAACCACAAGGACGAUGUAACGAUGGUCGCGGUGCUGGGCUUGGAACCAGGCAAUCCAACACCUACGUUCAUACCAUUCCCCAACCUCCCUUGA